CUGAGGUUUGGUUAACUGGUCAGCCAAAAGCCUUGUUGCCGUUGAAGAUCGAAGCUUUUCAGGCAAUCACUCCUUUUCUGAUCACUGUCAUGGCAGGGAGAAAUCGUAUGCCUCGCCAUGCUGAUGGCUUUCGAGGUUAUCGUGAUGAUCCUCGGCCUGGUAUUCACCGUCGACCAGAGGCAUUUUCUAUUCACCCUGCAGCUUUGGAAGAAGAACUUGCAAUGCAGCACAGAGAAAUGCAACGAAUAAUUGCUGAGAAUCGGCUUGUAAUUGAUGACAAUACUGUUCUUCAAAGGGCGUUAACAGAUGCAAAAGAUGAGAUUCAUAGAUUAGGGCAGGUCAUACCCAAACUGCGGGUUGAGAAAGAGGCAGAGACUAGGGAGUUGAUUGAGAGAGGAUUGAAGCUUGAAGCUGAUCUCCGUGCUGUUGAGCCUAUAAGGGCAGAGGUCGUGCAAUUGAGAGCUGAAAUUCAGAAAUUAAAUGCUCUACGGCAGGAGUUGUCUACCCAAAUCCAAGGUCUCACUCAGGAAGUCACUCGAUUACAAGCUGAGAAUCAGCAACUAGUUGCCAUGAGGACUGAUGUCGAUGGCAUGCGAAAAGAGCUUGUCGAGACAAGGAGAGCUUAUGAAUAUGAGAGGAAAGCCAAUGAAGAACAAGUUGGACAAAAGCAAGCAAUGGAAAAGAACCUGAUUGAUAUGGCUCGAGAAAUAGAGCAGCUACGAGCAGAGCAGAUGAAUGCAGACAGGAGAGCACGGGGACUAGGUGGCGGGGGUUAUGGAAUGAUGAAUGGAGGUCCUGAAAUGAGAUAUUCAGGUGCUUUGUAUGGCAGUGCCUCUAGAAAUGGUUGGGGACCUUAUGACAGGCCUGGGUCACGGCGUUAAUUUUUGCAAAAGAUGCACAAUGCUCUGCGUUUGGGGUUACAUGUCUGGGUAGAGUGAAAAUGGACUCCUAGAAUAUUAAGCCUUUGGUAGAUUUCCUGUAAUGAUGUAGUUUUUAGCAGCCUGUUGCACAACUUAUGAAACUUAUUUAUUCCCACAUUGUUUUUGAAAAUUUUAGUUAACAUUUCUUUUGUGAUUUGAUACUCGAAAUUGUAGUUAGAAUACAAGAUAAGAACUAAAAGAAAGAUGUUAGCAGUGGCCAAGGGCCCUUAAAAUGUAUGUUUGCAGUGCUGUAAUUUUCCAGUAACUUUGGUCGGUUUCUCCUGUAUCAGACAAAUAUAACCGG